AGUAUCGUGGAGGCGCGCGUCCCGUUCCGAUCGUGCAACCCUCGAAUAACGCGAAACAUUUCGGUUGGCCGUCGAUGCGCGCGAAUGAUUGCGAUUGAUCCGUGAAACGCUUCGAUCUCUAACGCCCUGAGCCGUUCCCGCGGGCCGCUGAGCGUUCCCGAAGAAAUUGCGAACGUGACGAAACGGUCUGAGGGAUGUAGCCCCGGCCGAAGGCCAAGGAAAAAGUAUCCAACGACGAUUCUGGGACGUCGAUUCCGAUGAGGAUUGUCGGAGGAAACGGCCACGACCGCGAACAAAAGCAUUCUUGUUCCCGUUCCAACUGGCGAAUAUCUGAAAACAAUUUUCAGCUUGUACCAUCCCGGAACGCCAACAUUCAAACGAAGCGAUCCUCGUCGAGGCUGUGUCCUGCUGCAGCGUUAAUGUAAAUGUCCCUUGAAUCCGAGUCGGCUCCGCGCUGAUACGAAAUAGGUUCUGGAAUCGUUUACAACCGGUACGCAUACAGAGAAAGACUGCUUUCGAAGUCACUCGCGUGGAACAGCGCGCAGUUUCGCCGGAUUGAUCCCAAAUGAAGUCGUUUGCCAAAAUAUUGAGCAACCCCCAGAUUCGCGAGGAGUUCUGUUGGUAAUGCAAGAAAGAAGUUUCUUGAUACAAUGGUGACCGAAUUGGAAAAAAAUUAGACAAAUUUUCUGAAGUAGGUUAGUGUAUCUUGAUGAGGAUUGGUCGUAGCGCAGAAAAGUCAUUCUUUGAAUAAUCAAAAAAGAGAGGGAAUCUAUGAAAGAAAUCUAAUUAAAGAAAUUGUCCAGGAUUUAAUAAGAAUUUAUUGAAAUAAGAGCUCUGUCGUUUUUAGAGAGCCUAGGAGGAUGAUCAUUAGAAAUCUACAGAGAUAAUUCCAGAGAGGUUUCGUUCAAUUCGAAUGCAAAAAAGGAUUCUCUAUUAAAAGAACUUCUAAAUUCAUGAAAAAUGUGAACAAUGACACGAAACAAGUGUCUAGGAUAUCUAUUCAUGAAGAUUUAUUAUAAUAAGAACAAGGCUUAGAGGAGGAUAAAAGUCGAGACAAAUGCCCAUUAAAAUUCUAGAUAAAUUCCUAAGGAGUUUUAAAACUUUUAAUAUAAGGAUGGACCUUCUAUGAACAUUUCCUAAAUUCUUGAGAAACUAGAAAAAAUUUCGAGAAAUGAUAAAAUAGAUAGCCUUCCACAAGUAAGAAAACAAAUACCCGAGAAAUCGAUAAAAAUCUAGACAAAUUUCUUGGAGCAAGUCUUCAGGAGGGAAUCUAAGAAAGAAUUUAUCUUAACAAGUCGUCUUCUGGGAUGAGUCGUAGGUGAGAUUAUCGCGGUCAAAGGGGAGAAAAGGUCCAGAAGAAAAAGCACACUAAACCCUAUCUAGAUAAUUCCCGAGCAUGUAUGACUUCCAAUAAAAAGAAGGACCUUCCAAACGAAAAAGACCCUGAUUCGGUUAGACAUUAGACAAAUCUUCUGAACCAGGUCUCUCGGGUACAAUGUGACGAGGAUUUAUCCCAACAAUUUAAUGAGGAUUUAUUCCAACAAAGACAAGUCCUUUUUUAACAACAAAAAGACGAGUUACAAAUGAAGUAAUCGUUCUGAGAAACGAGAAAAGGUCCAGAAGAAUGCACGCUAAAUUGCCGGGUCUUAAUGACUUCCAAUAAAAAUAAGUACCUUUCAGUUAUAGGAGCCUCUGAAUCGACCAAGCAUUAGACAGAUCUCCCAAAGCCGGUCUCCAGGGUACAAUUUGACGAGAAUUACUCGCGACAAGACACUUCGGUUAAAGAAUAAAGUAACACGAAUGAAAUUACCGUUUCCAGAGGGUGAAGGAAGCCCAGAAGAAUGGGCAUUAAAAUUCUGCAUAGACAGGUCAACGCCAGGGAAAUUGAAACCGCCAAGAAGUGGUAGCCUCGAGCGGAGACUCUUAGAGAAGAACAGACGGUAAAAAGUACAAGCACCAGAGGAACAGAAGCUCCUCGGAACAACAGUAUCCCCGCCUCCGUCCUGGUCACUAGCCGUUAAGUAUAUUCAAAUGCACUGGAACAAAGGAACACUCCGCAGUAUACCGAACUUCUCGCCAACGCUGUCGAUCAAAUCCGAAUAAGUCGGUUGUGGAAGUCGCGGGGAGUCCCAGGAGGGGGGAUCCCUUUUAACAAUACCGCGCGAAACUUUUCGAGAUAAUUACCCAAGAAACCCUGGAACUUAAAAAAGCUGGAACACAAUGAGAGAGACGCGGCUUUCAUGGCGGAAAAACGCGUUGGGAAAACAUGGGUAGAUUGCCAGAUUGCAUGGGGGAAGAAAGAACCUCUGGAAGAAAGAACGAGUAAUCUCGACGGAGAAAAAUACUCUAUCCAAACGUGGAGCAUGCUUAGAAGCUGAACAAAGGUUUGUGUGGAAGAAUUUUAAGUUUUGAGACGGAGCUUGAUAUAUCAAAAUAUGGAGGUGAAAGGAAUCUGUUUAGUUAUAUAACAAAAUUGAAUCUAAAGUUUUGAGAUGGAGUUUGAAAUCUAAAAGCGUAGAAGUCGAAGGAACCUGUUAGAGUUGAAGUGUUUCAAGUUUUGACACAGAGCUUGGAAAAGCAUAGAAGUUGAAGCUGUUUCGGUUGAAGUGUAUAGUAGAGAUUGAAGAGCUCGAGUGUCAAGGAUACGUCAAAAUGAUUCUAAAUCGAAGCUACUCGCUGGAGGAGGAUUAUCGUAGGUGACCAACGGUGCUGGGUAAUAGAAGCGAACGCGAUAGAAUAGCCUGAACGCGAUGGCGCCAGCGAGAAAAGUUUAUCAUCGUAUCGAUAUUGGGGAAAAAAAUCUCGUUCACCUUCGAGGAUAACCUACACGAACAAUACGAGUCGAUAUAGGACGAGUUGGACGGUAGAGCAGUCGAAGAGUGAACUGUUGCAGGAACCUGUCCCUGUGACGGAAGUGGAGGUCGUGUGUCAGCGUAGCGAGCUCGGUUUCCCGCGUUUUCUUCUGGAGUGAAACUCAGAUUUGUUACGUCCGAUGGGAAGCUUCCUUAAACGGGGCCAUGAAAUGGAGCUGAGUCUGGCAGCGAUGCAGACCCUCGAGGUAUUCAUGAACUCCACUCCUGAUCCUUGGAACACCACAUCGUGGAUGGACAAUUAUACCUACUACAACACCACAAACGGUACAAACAUAACCGAUCUCCAACAGAGGAACCAAUUCGUGCUACCAUGGUGGAGACAAAUGAUCUGGACGUUAUUGUUCGCGGGAAUGAUAAUCGUCGCCACCGGUGGCAAUCUGAUAGUGAUCUGGAUCGUGCUUGCGCACAAGAGGAUGCGCACCGUCACCAAUUAUUUUUUGGUGAACCUGAGCAUAGCCGACGCGCUGGUGUCCACUCUAAACGUCACGUUCAACUACAUCUACAUGCUGAACAGCCAUUGGCCGUUUGGCACUCUCUAUUGCAAGAUCUGUCAGUUCAUCGCGGUGCUUACCAUUUGCGCCAGCGUCUUCACCUUGAUGGCGAUUUCUAUCGACAGAUAUAUGGCCAUCAUGAACCCGUUGAGACCUCGAAUGGGCAGAAGAACAACACUCUGCGUAGCAGUCGUCAUUUGGAUCGUUGGAGCCGUGUUAUCGUUGCCUAUGUUGCUCUUCUACACAACCUACACGCAGAAUUUCGCCAGUGGCGAGGUGCGAGUGAUCUGCUACAGCGACUUUCCCAACAGGGACGACAAUGGCCUCAGCUACGACGAAUACCUAUACAACGUGAUCUUCAUGGUGUUGACAUACUUCUUGCCAAUUGGAUCGAUGACGUUUACAUAUGCUAGAAUCGGUUUGGAGCUGUGGGGGUCGCAAAGUAUUGGUGAAAACACAACAGGCCAGCUGGAGAGUAUACGAAGCAAACGGAGGGUAGUAAAAAUGAUGAUAGUUGUGGUGGUGAUAUUCGCAGUCUGUUGGCUACCUUUUCACGUGUACUUCAUCAUAACGUCAUACCUGCCCGAGAUUACGAACGAACCAUACAUCCAAGAAGUUUUCUUAGGCAUCUAUUGGCUCGCGAUGUCUAACAGCAUGUACAAUCCUAUAAUCUACUGCUGGAUGAAUUCCAGGUUUCGACGAGGAUUCGCUCACUUCUUCUCCUGGUGUCCAUGGAUACGCAUCCCCAUGGAGCCAGCGUUAUCGAGAUCAGAAGCCGUAACGUCUCGAUAUAGCUGCAGCGGAAGUCCGCAAACCAGGAUGUCACGGAACGGUACGUCCUCCUGCACGUCCUCGGAACGUCCUUGCACUACAUCGUCCACGACACUCGCGAGCCAAUCACGUUUCGAGCACGAAGCCACCCAAUCGGACGAACGAAAUUCUUACAUAGAGUUGCAGGACCUAUCGGUAUCGGCUAACGUCGCCGUUGGUGAAGCCAAUGACGACGCGAAUCAUAGUAAAGGCACAGCACGAAUACCUUUGUACCUGCAACCAGCCAGAGGAGGAAACGAUCGUUUUCUGGCUCAACAUCGAGGAAGGAAAUGGAAAGAUACCUCCCAAACCAGAGGGCACGUGUCUUGACAGGAGGAGGUAAAUCCUCAACAACAACGAGUACACACCUGGAUAUAAGAGUACAUAUCCAAACCAGCAGCCUUCUUCAAGGUUCAAUUGAUCUAAGAGGUUCCAUGGGAGAGAGGGAAUACCGAUUCUUCUUUGCCAACUCGAGGCUCAUUAUUGACCAGAAGCUCAAACAUCGCUGACGUCGAUGAGACAAGAACUAUCUGCCGAACACUACAUAGAGUAUCAGUUUUGAUGUAAAUACCGUUGAAUCGAGCUUCGAAGCAGUGUGAAGACGACAGAUAAUCGCGCUAGAGUUCCUCCACAACCCCAUAUAUUCCACGUUUAUUUAGUAUGAACGCUUCACUUCAGCGCAAGUUUCGAAUUUGCAUUUUCUACGUUAUUAUACGACGCACAGAGUUGGAAAUCAAUUUCGUUAUUAUUUUCGUUGAAUCAACUAUCCAGGGGAGAAAGAAAGAUCAGCGCUGGAAGUAACGACGGACCGUACUGGCUCAGACGAUUUAGUCAGUUUCGCGAGGCUUGCCAUAAAACAAAAAUUGCUACUGUGGUCAUUCUUUCUCCUCACAGUGUUCUUAUUCGUUGUUUGAUCUAUGCAUAAACAAUAACGGACCAAUGAUCUACUUACAAAUAUUGUUUCUUUCCUGACAGAGAAGGGUCUGAGAGAAAUUACGAAGAAUUCAUAUUGAGAAUGUACAGUACAGUACGAUAUAGAGACUUAAUGCGUAUUACUUGUUUGUGAAGGAUAAGGUGCUUAAUUAAUUAAUAUUCGUGUUCCUACCGUGUGUAUUAGUGACCGUGAUAAUCCGUACACCACGAACACUAAUUGUCAUUGGACAAAGAUAUUUCCUAUUUCAAAGGACAGUAGAUUUUACUUUUUUUCGAAUAUUUCUUGAAUGUUUACCGUAUAAUUUACAAUAUUUUUGUUUCUGGCUUUGAAACUGACAAUACAAUAUUAACUGCUUUGCAUUUAGAAGGAAUUAAUCAAUCUUGUCCUCUUUUUCUACAAACAUAAUUUAUAGUCUAUUCUUUUAUAGUUAAAAAUAAAUAAGAAACUCUUCACCUACAUUAAAUUCUGAAACCAAAAUGUUUGGAAAGGUAAUAUCUUUGGUACCAAUUUCUGUUAGGUCAUCAAUUAUAACAUAAUGCGGAGCAAAAAUACUCUGGGAAAAACAAACGCUUUUUACUAUACUAGUUAAGUGUACAUAUAGACGUUACUAUAUUGAAUGUAAUGAAAAAGGUUAUUGAUAAGAUAAGAAAUGAGUAUACUGUUCGAUAUGUACAAAAAUGUGUUAGCGUUAAUAUGAGAAGCUAUUGUUUUUGUUUGUGUACAAAUACAUUCGAAAUUUAAUUAUAUUUCCGAUAU